CUCAUGGAGUACACACUACGAGCGCGGAUAAAACUUUUUGAGACCUCUUACUCACGUUAUUAUCCCGAAAUCUCGUCUCACAGCUGAUGACAUUAAUGCACGGAGACUGCGUGAUGCCCGUAUGACGUUUACUUAAACAAAAGGAACCGGUAACUUUGGCUUUGGGUUUGUUUCUGUCGCUGCUCCAAACUUCAACUCACACAAGAAGUUUGCAUUGACUGUGAAGACUGGCUGCUGGUGUGGAGUAUACUGACGAGAAACUCUACCCUCACUUCUGGAAAUCUCUUGUGUUCACUUCCCCUGCGCGAUGGGACACACACUCCUGGUAGUCGUCCUGCUCUUUGCCCUCAGCAGUAUGAAUUCUGCAGGUCCACCGUCACGUAGCCCAUGUGAGUUAUUACCUGUUGGAAAAGGUCACCCUGUGCAGGCUCUACAGAAGAGCUACACAGCUCUAUCAGGUUGUGCGAGCCGUGGAACCACCAUCCUCCCUCAGGAAGUUCACAUCAUCAACCUGCGCAGCAGCAACACAGAGGAAAUGACAGAGAAACCUGAGGUGGCAUUACACCUGUGUCCCAUCCACUCCCUAUCCGUGCACCAAAAGCCUCUGGUCUUUGUGCUUAACUCACCCAAACCGUUCCAGUGGAGGAUCCAUGCAAACAACCUGGCUCCUGGAAUUAAAAGGAUCUUCUACGUGUCAGAUGGGUCUGUUGUGCAGUUUGAGGAUGGAAAUCCGUCACUCUUUGGCGAGGUUCACACAGAGGCGUUACCGCAUGGAAACGAGCACCUGAUGUCCUGGGCUAAACGUCUGUACCAUGCCGUCACUUCCUUUACAGAGCUUAAGAUGACCCAUGACGUCUACAUCAAAGUGGGAGAAGAUCCUGUAUUUUCUGACACUUGCAAAAUCGACAACAAAUUCCUGUCUCUAAACUACCUGGGGAGUUAUUUCCAGCCUCAGGCAUCCAUAGGCUGUGUCCUCUCUGGUCCAGACGUCCCUCAAGAGGUCCACAUCAUCGAGCUGCAGGCCCCAAGCUCCAGCAGUGCGCUGCAGGUGGACGUGACUGUGGAUUUGAAGCCAGUGGAGCCAGAAAUCCCUCUGCAUCGUGACAUUGUGUUGCUCCUCAGAUGUGAGAAGUCUGUGAACUGGGUGAUCAAGGCCCACAGUAUCAUCGGCAAACUGCACAUAGUGACAUCAGACAGCGUUAGCUUGAAUGCUAGCACUGAGAGACUGAUGCAGGUCUCGAAGGCGGUGAAGCAGAAGCUGCCUGCUGGAGCUCAGGCUUUGAUCCAGUGGGCCGAGGAGAACAACUACAGCCCUGUCACUUCCUACACCAGCACUGCAGUGGCCAAUAUCUUCCACCUACGUGUUAAUGAAACAGAAGUGGUGAAUCCAUUAGAGAGCAUGUUUCCCCCUGAGCUCUCUAUCCUGCGAAACACCGAUCCUCGUGAUCACACUCGUCCUGACCUGCCCUUCCUUUUCCCCCCGGUGAUGGACCAGGAUCCAUCUUUCCCUUUCCCACCUACUCUGCAUGAUCCAACAUGGUCACACCGUGGUCCUGAGGAGUACCGUGGAGCUCUGAGUGGGAUUCUCAGUGUGCAGUGUGAGGAAAGCAGGAUGGUGGUCAGCAUAGACAAGGAGAGCCUGCAGGCAACAGGUAUAAGUAAAGCCAACAUAACCCUGCAGGACCCACAAUGCAAAGCAACAUCCAACUCCACUCAUUACAUCCUGGAGACUCCACUGACUGGCUGUCAAACCACUAAAUACCCCAUGCACCACCCAAGCCCAGUGGUCCUCUACAUCAAUUCAAUCGUGAUCAGACAGUCAGAGAGCAGGGAUGGCAGCGGCUGGCCGACGGAUGAUGAAGACCUGGAUUCAGAGAGACCAUCAUCGGGACACCACUCUAGCAUCUUGUUUAACUGCUCCUACCGUAAAGCUGAAGAUGCUCCUACACACUUUCGACUAGACUUUCAGCAUGAGCCUGUGGAAAACGUGACAUUCAGCAUGGAGCUGUAUAACACCAGCCUAUUCCGCCACCCACAACCUUCUUCCUUUUUCCAGAUCAUGGAGAACAAGCCUAUUUUUGUGGAGAUCUCAGCCACUAAGGCAGAUCCUGAUCUAAGCUUCAUGAUUCAGACAUGCUUUAUCUCUGAAAAUUCUAAUCAUGAGGUACUGUCUGAAUAUGUCCUCAUCGAGAACAUAUGUCCCAAGGAUGAGUCUGUCCUUUACUACCCUCAGAAGGUGGACAGGAAGCGAUUCAGCUUUGACUUCAGGUCAAAGUUCAAAGUACCAUUGCUCUUCCUGCACUGUGAGAUGUCCAUCUGCUCAAAGAGACACAACAUGCAUCAAGGACUGCCGGAGUGUAUGCUUCCUAACGAGGCCUGCACGUCUGUUAGCGGGGAAACUAUCAUCAAAAUGAUGAUGAACAGCAAAACCUCCACAAAGCCGUUGGUGGUCAUCGGUGAAGGUGAUAGUGAGGAAGAUCCUAUAACCCACAAGCCCAUAUGGUUUCCGAAAAGCAAUCAACUUGAGUCUCACACGUACAUACUGGACACUCCGACAGUGGUGGGCAUCGCCUUUGCAGCCUUUGUCAUAGGAGCUCUGCUUACUGGCGCGCUCUGGUUCAUCUAUUCCCACACAGGUGACUCGGCAGUGAGGCAAAAUGUGCCCAGGUCCCAUCCUGCCUCAGAGAAUAGCAGUGCAGCUCACAGUAUCGGCAGCACUCAGAGCACACCAUGCUCCAGCAGCAGUAAUGCGUAGCAUACACAAACACACACACACAAGCACACACACACACACACACACACUCACACUGUGGACCUGGCAGGUCAUCGCAAGAGUCUCUGAUCACAUUCAUUUUUCUACACCAUCAAUCUUGGAUGCUUUCUGCGAGUAAAGGACUGAAUGAAUUUUGUAGAACAUCGCAUCUUGUAACCAGCUCGGCUUUCGUCCUAAAAUAGUUGGGAAUGUGAAAAAGGAGCAGAAACAAAAGCCUAAGAUAAAAGAUGAAAAAUGCUGGUGAGGAACAAGGCAUGAGAACCACCUACACCACCACAUUUAAUUUUUCCCAUAUAUGGUUGGAAAUGUCUGUUGAUAACAAAGCUUGUUUACUGCACUCUAUUCUUACCGUGUGGAAGCAUCUGGAAGAUGAGAGAGUUUGAUGCUGAGAGUGUGGUUGCACAAUGUUUGGUGUGCCAAAGCAAGCAUAAUUCUUUUCAGUCAAGAUUUCAGCCAAUUCAUAAUUAAUACAAUGUCUGUCUGGUUCAGCAAUAAUAAUUCUAAAGGGAAAAAACAGACCACAUAUUUAACACAAACUACUGCAUUUUAUCCGUUUACUAGACAUCUAUGUUCUAUGUUCCAGUGGAAAAAGCUCUAAAAAUGUUUUUUUUAUUAUUAUUAUUUUUGUUUUAUUUUUAUGUUCCACAGGCUGUAUGUCUUGUGUAAGACUUAUUAGAACUGUCAUAAAAGCAUAACAGCCAAACCAGCACUUAAUCUAAUAAUAUAUGAAAUUAUAGUUACUAUAUACAGUAUUACAGUAUGGUCACGUAAUAAAAUAACAGGCCUAAAAUACAUGAAUCUAUUAGAAGAAAAAACUAGAUUUGGGUUUCAGAAUUUAAAUUAGUAAAGAAAUUGUUUUUUCUUUCAACUUACCGCUUAAUAACAUUGAAUAUUGAUAUGUUUUUUACACUUUAUUGGUUGAGGCAAAGCCGAUUAUAAUAAUUUCCUGAUUCUUGUAUUUUAGGUCUUAUUUUAAUUGUGUUGCAUUAUUACAGCACUAAUGGCUUGUGAGUGUAAAUGUUUUGAUAAAGGUUUUAUCAG